AUGCACGUUACAGCUCUUUUCGAGAGUCUGGGGAAGUCAGUCUGGGGAAAAAGCCUUCAGAAGGGCUUCAGAGUCUUGUCCUUUUAUCUAAUCCCAUUUCACUGCACUGUACCGUCCCAACAGGUCAUCUUUUACGAGGACAAGAACUUCAUGGGCCGCUCCUACGAGUGCAGCAGCGACUGCACUGACAUCUCGUCCUACCUGAGCCGCUGCCACUCGUGCCGGGUGGAGAGCGGCUGCUGGAUGGUCUACGAUCAGCCCAACUUCAUGGGAAACCAGUAUUUCAUCAAGAGGGGCGAGUACUCCGACUACAUGAGCAUGUGGGGUUGGGGCAACAACUGCAUCCGGUCCUGCCGCAUGAUCCCCAUGUACCGGGGUUCCUACAGAAUGAAGAUCUACGAGAGGGAGAACUAUAUGGGUCAGAUGAUGGAGCUGACCGAUGACUGCGACUCCAUCAUGGAUCGCUACCACUGGUCCGGGGGCUGCCACUCGUGCCACGUGAUGGACGGGCACUGGCUCAUGUACGAGCAGCCGCACUACAGAGGCAGGAUGUGGUACUUCAGGCCCGGAGAGUACCGCAGCUUCAGGGACUUCGGCAACAUGAGGUUCAUGAGCGUGAGGCGCAUCAUGGACUCCUGGUAUUAAAUAAUCCAGACCCCGCUCUCAUCUUUUCACUAUGAGUCAAAUCGAAUA